AGUGUUCACCAGAAUAUCACGCAAACGAACAAUUGACUUGUACUCAAAGCCGUGAAACAUCAUUAAAAAAAAUUAGGAGAUCUGUGGGCUGGGCUGUGCUGUCAAAAAGCUGUCAAAUUCGUCAAAAUUUGAUUCACAAAAAAUCCGAGCAGUGGGUUUUUUUACCGAAAAUUUACAUUUUACAGAAAUGUAAAGAAAGAAACAAGCAUCGAUUCAAACAUUCCACUUUGAGUAUUAUUACUGUGCUGUAAAAGUUGCAAGAACAACUUCUAAAAAUGAUGCAAUUCAUGUUAUUAUUCAGCCGACAAGGCAAGCUCCGUCUUCAGAAAUGGUACGUGGCUCAUCCAGACAAGUUAAAAAAGAAGAUAACUCGCGAGCUGAUCACCACAGUCCUUGCGCGCAAGCCUAAGAUGUGCUCCUUUCUUGAGUGGAAAGAUGUGAAAGUUGUUUACAAAAGAUACGCCUCCCUGUACUUCUGCUGCGCCAUGGAGCAGGAGGAUAAUGAGCUGCUGACACUGGAGCUCAUCCACCGCUACGUGGAGCUGCUCGACAAAUACUUUGGCAGUGUGUGCGAGCUGGACAUCAUCUUCAACUUCGAGAAGGCGUACUUCAUCCUGGACGAGCUGGUGCUGGGCGGCGAGCUGCAGGAGACGUCCAAGAAGAACGUGUUGAAGGCCAUCGCCGCGCAGGACUUGCUCCAGGAGGAGGAGACGCCGCAGGGCUUCUUCGAGGACCACGGCCUCGGCUAAGCCCCGCCCUCCGUUCGCCGCCCGCAUCUGUGUACGCCUAAUAACGCUGCAGAUCUACGCGCCACCAGCUAUCGUGUAAGCCACGGACACACUAUUGUCAUAAAAUCUAACAUUAAGCAUCGUGUAUUUAACAUCUAAGCGUAAACACAAAGUAGACCUGUACUAGUGUUAUUUUUAGUACACACAAGAAAAUAUUAUAGCCCCAAUUAACAAACAUCUGCGAUAUUUAAAAAUAUAUUUUGUAACAAUGUAGAGGCGUAAUUAAUUAACUUGGGUUCAGUAACCUAUUUCAUUUUAGAUCUUUUGUAGCUUAGUUUUAGGCACAAUUUAGUUUGUGUAUGAAACGUGUAAUACACUGCAUUUUUAGUUAAGAUUCAAAGGCAGCUACGUACUUAAUUUAUUAGUUCCAUGUCAAAUGCACAAAUUAUUCCCUAAUUUUUUGUAUCUACAUAUUAUUCUGUUUAAUUUUAUAACAAAACUACCACAAAUCUAUCAGACAGACUCUUCUCUGUUACUUCCGAAAUGUUUUUAUUUGAAGUAUUGUAAAUAUUUAUUAUGGUCUGUGCCAAAUUGAUGUAUGUUCCAUGCUCUUGCUGACUUCCAUGUUGACUAGUUAUUAAUUCAAUGGAAAUGUAUUCUUUCUCGGUUCAAGUUUUACUACAUAAGAGUAUUUUGUGCAUUUAUUAUAAUAUCAAAAAACUACCUAUUAGAAUUAAGAUGUUCAGUCUAAAUACGUUUCCUAUCAACGGCCAGUGCAACUUAAAUAUUUUAUAAUGAUCCUUCGCACUCGAGAAUCCUUCCAUAUCAAACUUCAUAUCUAGCCGGUAUCACGGAUUUGAUAAAGCUUCCGUAGACUUUCUACACGCCACUGGAACAAGGGCCUAAUUUCAGGACAAAUGUACUAGAUUUAUCACUCGGAAUUGAAUUUAACUGAAAAUAAAGUAUUGCGUAACAAAAA